AGUUGACUAAUCAGCAUACGGCGGGUGCCGGCGGUCUCGGGCGGCAAAUGGAGCGGCCGACGCCAUUUUAUUCCGGUCUUCCCGAGCGGCGCCAUGAGGCAUUUGUACCGCCACCGCCUGCGGCUUUGUUGCUUCUCAACCGAGGCCGGGAUUCCUUUUAUAACCCCGGGAUUAGGAAUGAGGAGAGGCUUGGUGCCGCGUUUUCUCUCUCCCGCCAUCCUGGUUUGCCGGGGCCAGAGAGAGGCCUGGCUCAGGGCCGGGCUGCGGCCGGGGGAGACUGGCGGCUGCCCGCUCCCCCCGCGGAGAGCUUCCAACAGGGCGGCCCGGGAGGGCCUGCUCCGACUUUGAACAGGGUGGAGCCCCUGCAAGAAUACGGCCAGCAGCCGCAGUGGGAUCCGGACCACCGAGACCGCCUGCGGAACUACCCUCCCCAGCCAUGGGGCCGUGACCAACCCCCUCACCCCCAGAGUCAGCAACAUCGGGACCAACCCCCUCACUCCCAGGGCCAGCAUCAUCAAGAUCGAUCCCCUCACCCCCAGGGCCAGCAGCAUGGAAAUUACUCCCAGGGCCAGCAGCAUCAAGAUCGAUCCCCUCACCCCCAGGGUCAGCAGCAUGGAAAUUACUCCCAGGGCCAGCAGCAUCAAGAUCAACCCCCUCUCCCCCAGGGUCAGCAACAUCGAGACUACCGCCCUCACCCCCAGGAUCAGCAACAUCGAGAUGAACCCCCUGACAGCCAGGGUCAGCAACAUCAAGAUCACUCUCCACACCCACAAGGUCAACAAUACCCAAUUCACCCAAACAGUCAUCAGCACCUAGACUACAUGUCUCACUUACAAAAACAUGAGCGUGUACCCCGUCCAUGGAAUCAUCCCCCUCAAGGUGAACCUCCCCACCUUCCAGGCUGCCCUUCCGUACCCCAGCAUCAAGAGCAGAAGGAACAUCUGCCCCACCAGCAGGGUUAUGAAUGCAAAGAUCAAGUUAGUGUCCCACAGGGAUUUUCACAACAGGACCGCUCAGCUUAUCUUCGGCAGGGAUUGUCACAUCGUUCCCAGCUUCCAUUUCAACCUGAACAAAUGGAUUCUCAACGCUAUCCAUUCUGGGAGCAUUUAAAUCCUGAGAAACAUACACCCUUCUCACAGAGAGCUAGAGUUGCCAACAAUGUGCUACCUCAAAUCCACAGCAUGCCUUCCCAGUCUGAGAACAUUUCCUGCCAGGACCAAUCAUUGCUUUGUGGUGGAGGCUUUAAUUCAUCUAUGGCAUAUGGACCUCAGAAUUCUCAGUUAAUAAAUCCUAGCCAUGGCAUGCCUAAUCAGCAGAACUUUCCAAAUUCAUCAGGGGAGAUACUGUCUUGGAAAAACGACCGUGACAUCCCGUAUAGCAAUGAAAACAUGGUAGCACCAUGGCCCAGUGUUGCUAACUUUUCACAAAACCUUAAAGAUGUCAAUGCUGAACAACUGCACAGGAAUGACUCCACGACCAGAAACUUGUUAUCAGACCAACUGUCCCAUAAUUUUAAAUAUAAUGAACCUUUAAAAGAACAAGAUGAGUUAUGGCUUACCCGAUUCUUGUCAAAACGUAGGCUGCAGCCUUGUGAAAUUAAAAAGCCCAGAUCUUACCCAUCAGUUAGUGAAGUAAAAGAAUCAGUACUAAGUGCUUGUAAACUUGUAACUGAGCUCACUGCCUUAUGCCAGCUAUUAAGGUAUAAUGUUGAAAAUGAAGCGGUUUGGACUGAAUCCUACCUGAAAGCAGUUGAAAUGAGAACUGCUUUACAGGAAAAAAUAAAGACAUUAAAAGAUGACAACUACCUCAGUGCUGUGAAAAGGAAAUUGGAAAGAAUCAAAAAGAAAAGAAGCAGCAUUCAAAGGAAGAAACAAAUGCGAUGUUUAGAAAAACAAGAGGAAGAGGCAAGGACAGCAGAAAAAGAAGCAAAAAUUGAUGAAUGGAGAAUGAAGUGUAUUCGAGAAGUUGAAGAGAAAAAGAGGGAACGUGAACUGAAAGUUGCAGCAGAUGGUGUCUUGUCAGAGGUGCGGAAGAAACAGGCAGAUGCAAAAAGACUAACGGAUAUCCUGCGGGCACUGGAGAAACUGCGAAAACUGAGGAAGGAAGCUGCAGCUAGAAAAGGCGUUCAGCCUCCUCCUUCAGCUGAUGAAACCUUUGAACAUCAUAUUGAGAGACUGAGAAAGCUGAUUAAAAAACGCAGUAAUUUAUAUGAUGCAGAAGAAAGAGCCUUGAGAGUUAUGCUGGAAGGAGAACAAGAAGAAGAAAGGAAAAGGGAAAAUGAGAAAAAGCUGAAAAAAGAAAGGGAAAAACUGGAGAAACAACAACGUGAAGUGGAAAUGAUGAUGUUUGGAGAUCCAGAUUUGCCUUCAGACCACCCACUACAGCCAUUUUGCCAAUAUUAUUUGCAAGCUGAGCAUUCUUCACAUGCACUCGUGCAAAUCAGACAAGAAUGGGAUCGAUAUCUUGUGUCAGGUGAUCAUCCUGAUGGAAGCAGUAUUCCCCGGGGCUGGGUCUUCCCACACCCACCCACUUCUGACACGUGGGCAACUGCACUCAAACAGAAUGAGAGUUGAUGCUGUUCAACAAUUUUCUCUCUGGCUGAAAUAUUUUAUUGCUGAUUAAUACCUGCUUUAUAUUUAAUAAAGAUUAAUUCAAGUUG